GCUACAACCGCAUUUUCGCGCAGCAGCGGCGGAGACACUCAGCGGCUGCUGAAGAGGACAAACCGAAAAACGGCUCCGGUGGAGGAGGACUCAGUCCUGAAAGGACGUGAUGGACUCUGCUAAAGCUGGAGGCGUAAUAACCUACAUCAGCUCCUCCAGCCCUGAGUCCUGCCUCAGCGACUCCUCCAAUGGCAGCCUCCAGUUGGGUCAGCUGACGGAGCCCACACACCCCCCCGCUGGUCAAAAUCUGCACCGAGGCCAGAAAAGUGGACGCGCUGCCUCUGCUGCAAAAUGUGGCAUUAUAAAAAUGAAGGGUCUGGUGCUGCUGUGCAAAGUGUGCGGCGACGUGGCCUCCGGUUUUCACUACGGCGUUCACGCCUGCGAGGGCUGCAAGGGCUUCUUCAGGAGGAGCAUCCAGCAGAACAUCCAGUACAAGAAGUGCCUUAAGAACGAGAGCUGCCCCGUCAUGAGGAGCAACAGGAACCGCUGCCAACAGUGCCGCUUCCAGAAGUGCCUGAUGGUGGGCAUGUCCAGAGACUCUGUGCGCUUUGGUCGCAUCCCAAAGCGGGAGAAACAGCGCAUGCUGCUAGAGAUGCAGAGUGCCAUGAACAACAUGAUGAGCAGCGAUCAGAUGCACACCAUCCAGCUCUCCAAACCGCCUCUGCCAUCCACCUUGGAAGCCACCUGUGAGGACACUGGCCCCGCCUCUUCCUGCUCACCAGCCUCCUCACCUCGCUCCAGCCAGUCAGACUCUAGCUCAGACCCUGAACCCCCAGGAGGCAUGGACACCAGCCCCAGUUCAGCCUCGUCAAGCUCAUCGGACAGCGGGGAGGAGGAAUUGAUCAGCUCGGUGACCCAGGUCCACCAGGAGACCUUCAUGUACAACCAGGAGCAGAACACCUUGCCCCUGCCAGGCCUCCAUAGCUCUGCCAGGAAUACCACUAACCAUCUUACGGAGGAGAGACAGGAUGCUUGGAACCACCGCAACAACCUGGUAACAAUUGCAGCCCAGGACCACUCCUCCAGCCUCCAGGAGGUCAAUGUUACCGCCCGCUGCCCUUUCAGGUUACCCAACAACAAUGACCACCUCCCAGCCUUUACACAGGAACCUCUGAAAGUUCCGUCCAUUGAGGCCCCGACUCCCACAGCCUAUCACCUGUGGCGAGGAAGCAACAGGAUGCAUCUGUUGUGUCCGAUGAACACAUCUCCUCACGUGGACCCUCGCAAAUCAGGCCACAGUGUGUGGGAGGAGUUUUCUCACAGCUUCUCCCCCGCAGUCAGGGAGGUCGUGGAGUUUGCUAAGAAGAUUCCAGGCUUCAGAGACCUGUCCCAGCAUGACCAGGUCAGCCUGCUGAAGGCCGGCACCUUUGAGGUUCUGGUUGUUCGCUUUGCCUCGCUGUUUGACGUGAAGGAUCACACCGUCACCUUUCUGGGCGGUAAGAAGUACAGCGUGGACACUCUGAGGGCCAUGGGCGCCGGAGACCUCCUCAACUCCAUGUUUGACUUCAGUGAGAAGCUCCUCAGUCUUGACUUCAGUGAGGAGGAGAUGAGCCUCUUCACUGCCGUGGUUCUGGUCUCUGCAGAUUGCUCUGGCCUGGAGAACGUGAACUCGGUGGAGGCGCUGCAGGACACGCUGAUCCGCGCGCUACGAAGCCUCAUCACCAAGAAUCACCCGAACGAGUCGGCCGUCUUCACCAAGCUGCUGCUCAAACUACCCGACUUACGCUCCAUCAACAAUAUGCACUCGGAGCAGCUGCUGGCCUUCAAGGUCCAUUCCUGAGCUUUCCACCUCCAGUACUUUAUGUCAGCGUGAGUGAGAGUGGACUCGAACAGGUCUGUGGGUAGUUUUCUAGGCGGAAGAUGACCAUGAAGGUUCUUGUACUGUGGGCUUCAAAGGCCUGUGUGACGGAAACAGACACACAGACAGACAUGCUGAUGCACGUGUCGGCUGUGUGCAGCAGCAGCGUGUGUGCAGAUGUUGGAAGCACUUUUUGUACAGUGUAGAUGGUAUUUCAGCAUUCAUAGUGCAAAGCGUGACUACUUUGACUUGUACUUGUGAAUAAACCCUUUUUAGGAAUGUAAUGGUGCAGAUAACUUUGAGUAGAUGCUGAUGUCAUGAAAAGACUAAGAAGAAUUACAGAUUGUCUGUUUAAAAAACAAAAAAACAAACCAACAUUAAAGCUGCUAAAUGUCCCAACGUUAGCGUUUGUACUCUGAUCACCAAAAAACAAAUGAAUACUGAGUCUUAUUUCAGGCUGAUGUUGCAGUUGUGUAUCUGCUGUGUUUAUGGGUCUUUAUUAUUUAAGUUAAAGGGGGAUUUCUAUGAAUUCGGUGGUGUCACCCACAGAGACAUGACGAAACAAACAAAAUCUCAACUCUUGUAUGUUUUUUUUUUUUUGUCCUGGAUUGUGUUUU